AUGAAAAGCCUAAUCCAAACCAGCACACUGGCCCUCCUCGCCCAAGCCGCCCUCGUUCCGGCGAGCCCCGCCGUCCCGCGCCAGGACUCGCCGUACGUGGGUCCGGAAAACGGGACCCUCGUGAUCAUCGGCGGCAACGCGCAAGAUGACGCCAUAUACCAGCGCAUCAUCGACCUAGCGGGCGGGCCGGACGCGCCCAUCGUCACGAUCCCGACGGCGGACGGGGCGCCGACGUACGACGACGACGCCGCGUCGGCGGCCACGUUCCGGCGGCUGGGGGCCGCUAACGUGACGGUGCUGCACACGUACGACCCGCAGGUCGCCGACACGGAGGAGUUCGCGGCGCCGCUGCGCGCGGCCAAGGGCGUGUUUUUCGGCGGCGGCAGGCAGUGGCGUCUGGUCGACGCGUAUGCGGGGACCCUUACCGAGCGGCUUUUCCACGAGGUGCUUGACCGCGGGGGCGUUGUUAGCGGGAGCUCGGCCGGAGCUUCGAUCCAGGGGAGUUUCCUGGCCCGUGGCGAUUCGGCGACGAACCAGAUCUUGGUCGGGGACCACACGGUCGGGUUUGGGUUUCUGAAGAACGCUGCUAUUGAUCAGCAUGUGCUUGUGCGCGGUCGCCAGUUCGACAUGUUCGAUAUUCUUAAGGUGCAGCCGGAGUUGCUGGGUAUUGCUAUCGAUGAGAAUACUGCUCUCAUCGUGUCGAAGAACGAUGCGGAGGUGUAUCGCGGCACGUAUGUGAUUAUCUACGAUGGAGGAUUCUGGUCGAGGGAGGGGAGUGAAUUAAAACACCUUCCGGAUAGCUCGUCUAUUUUCUACUUUCUGAAGGAUGGUGAUAAGUACGACUUAGGAAAGCGACAGGUGGUGGUCUCGGGAACGACCAAUGAGAGUUUAGACUGA